AUGGCCAGAUGCCUGGUGACAAGACUAUUGGGGGAGGUGAUGAUGCUUUCAACACCUUUCUUCAGUGAGACUGGUGCUGGGAAGCACGUCCCCCAUGCUGUGUUUGUUGACCUUGAGCCCACUGUCAUCGAUGAGGUGAGGACUGGCACCUACCGCCAGCUCUUCCACCCAGAGCAGCUCAUCAGUGGCAAGGAGGAUGCAGCCAACAACUUUGCCCGUGGUCACUACACCAUUGGCAAGGACAUUGUUGACCUGUGCCUUGAUCGCAUCAGGAAGCUUGUAGAUAACUGCACUGGUCUACAGGGCUUCCUUGUCUUAAAUGUUGUUGGUGGAGGAACGGGAUCUGGCCUUGGCUCCCUCCUCCUAGAGCGCCUGUCUGUUGAUUACGGCAAGAAAUCCAAGCUCGGGUUCACUGUGUACCCAUCCCCCUAG